UUCACACAUCAUGUUAGUCUGCGUUCCAUAUAUCCAGUCGUCGGCAAGUAGGAAAACUAGCCUAGUCUUAUCUCAGUAUUUACUUACACAGAAGUCAUAAACCAACAUUUCGAUAACGGGGCUCAAAUUCUGAUAGAGUUUGGGGCCAUUAAAUGGAGGAGAAGAAAGAAGACGGAGAUUCGGAAAUACAGGAACACGGACCCGAGCACUGGUUCUCAAAAUGGGAGCGGCAGUGUUUGGCCGAAGCAGAGCAAAGAGACCUAAGCGAAGAGGAGGCCGACAACAACCAGGAUAAACUGUGGCAUCUGUUUCAGAACUCUGCUACUGCUGUCGCACAGUUGUAUAAAGACAGGGUUUGCCAUCAGCAGGGCCUGUCAUUGUGGGUGCCAUUUCAGAAUGCAGCUACAGCAGUGACCAACAUUUACAAAGAGAGUGUAGAAGCCCACCAGAGAAGUUUUGAUCGGGGUAUCCAGAUUGGCCACCAACGCCGAAAUAAGGACAUGUUGGCAUGGGUGAAAAAGCGCAGAAGAACCAUCAGAAGAGAGGAUCUCAUCAGUUUCUUGUGCGGCAAAUUGCCUCCUCAUAGGAGUAGCAGGACCAACUCUCGACUGGCUGUGGUGGCCCCCAGCCGGGCCAAUUCACCUGUGGAGACCGGCUCAUCUGUGGAAGCAGACCUGGAGCCUUUCAGAGAGGCCAUAGCUCUGCAUGGUCUGAGUGGGGCCAUGGCGAGCAUUAGCGUGCGCUCUGGUGCUCCGGGCUCCCCCACCCAUGUAAGCGGGAGCAGCAGUAACGCAGGCGGAGGGGGCUCUUCUGGCUCUGGAUCAGUGUGUCGCGGCAGGCGCAACGGUCUCCAGGACGUGGACCUGAACACUUUCAUCUCAGAGGAGAUGGCACUGCAUCUAGACUCUACAGGCUCCGCCUCUGCUGGAGGGGGAGUGACCAGGAAACGAAACUCCACCCAGUGUAGUGAUGUAAUCACAGACUCUCCCACUCACAAACGCAACAGGAUGAUCUGAUCUGCCACCUAGCGAUGUUGAGGAGGAGGGGUGGGAAGGAUUGAGUUGUUGAGCCACUUCCCUUGUGUGGGGUCUCAUGUGGUACAAAUGCACCUGUGUUGAGACGGACACUCAGAUGCAUGGAUUUAGUGAAAAUCACACCCACAGUGAGGUUUCAUCAGUUUAGUCUCCUUUUGUCAACACUAAAAACAAAUCCUUAAUACACAAUCAGAACGAGUGUGUUUUUGUGUGAAGACCAGCACACACUCCUCACACCUCCGCCUUGCAAAGGAGACGACAAAAAACUCAUUUAGGAAGCAGACAGCUCUCCAUGGGUGAAAACAGACCAUGCUGCUAGACGAACACAAAGCCACUUGGAUGUUUGCAAUGUCUGUGCCCGUCCCUCACCCCAUACUCACCCACCACCUUAAAUAAGGAAGCGAGGGCCAUAAUCAAUUCAUUUCAUUUUAUCGGACAGCCCCGUCAUCAUUUCAGCUCUUAAAGGAUGUCCUUGCUGGAGAUCAUCCGACGGCGUCCAACAGCAGCCUGUUAAAGUCUGAUCCCUCAGACUCUCCUUGCCACUUUUGCUUUAGUCGUUGACCGUCACGUUUUUGUUUUAACUACCAGUGUUAACAUUAUUUGUUUGUUGCAAUCGUUUGCAGCAAAAGUUCAGUUUGCAUUUAAGCUUUUUGUUUUUAAAAGAGAAACUCUUGUGUCCACAGCUUCUGAGACUGCCCACUUGUUUACUGUGAUGCUCUCUGUUCACCCUUAGCAAAAGCAGCUGCUGCUUUUUGUGGUUGUGUGAUGAUUCUGAUGAGUUGCAAUUAUAAUUUGUUUUUUGCACUUAGCGUUUCCAUCUCUGAACUCGUGCAAACAAAUCGGCUCUUCCAUUGUAAUUUGCUUGUAGCCUUUGGAGUCCCAAGCAGUCCGGCUAGUGUUCAGGUUUUGAAGAAACAAAAAAAAAAUUCAGAAUUCUUAAAAAUGACUUAUUUUGGAGCAUUUCUUCAAUAUUUUAUGACUUUUGCUGUUUAAAAUAUAAUUUAACUUAUUAAACAGUGAUUGGUGCUGAAAGGAAAUUUAAAAAAGAUCCCAGAAAUGUUUUUUGUUAUUGGUGUGUGAUUUGAGGACCACCCCGUCAGAUGCUGAUGAAACAGGUGUUGAAGGGCGUGUGUGCAUUAUUAAAAACAUAGUUGGAUUUUGGUACAGAGCGAUGGCUGCGACCCGAUGCCUUUCAUAAAGUCGGAGUAGGAGAAAACGGUCAAUUUUUGGGUGUUUUCGGCAAUCAGAUAAUGUGAAGUACCCCCUGCACACGUGUUUGGCAUCUUUGGGGGUAGCAGCUUAACCCUUGUGCUAUUUUAGAUGACCCCACCCUUACAUUGACGUGUUCUCCCUACCAUGAUAAAGGUGGAAAGAUUUCAUGUGAUUUAUGGACACCAGUGAAGAUCACAAAUCAUUGAAGAAAAAAGGUUCAGCGCACUGUCUAGUGGGUCUAGAUGACCCAACUCCCAACGUUAAAGUGUCUAGGAUGGCACAAGGGUUACACUAACAAAAAUGAUCAAAUCUUUUAAAAAAUAAAUUAGAAAUACAGAAUAAGCUGACAUGCUUCUAAAAGUAUUGUUCUACCUGUAAUACACGCAAAAGCUGACUUGUAAUGCUAUAAAGUUUUUUAACUUUCAUUUUAUUUUUCCAUCUUUUUUGGUCUCAGCUUUUGAAGCAUGCCAGUUGUGAACUUGUUACUGUGCUGAAACGUGGCAGUUGGCUCUGCUCAUCGCAAAGAUUUGUUCAUUCUUAUACCAUCAAGUUGGAGUUUGAGGUUUUAUUCUGGUUGAAAAUGAAACCUCUGAGAUGAUUUUUUAAUUUUAUUUUUAAAGUCACUUUUCUAGCUUGGGUCAGCCUUAGCUAGCUUUGCUAUAGGAAUUUUCCCACAAUGCAUUUCUAGUAUUAAGUCAUAACAUACUUCUGUUUGAGGGAGUGUAUAUGAGGAUUCAUGAGGGCAAUCAAAAAAUGUAAUUUAAUUAAUCGAAGGAAAAUGUUUAACAAACCGAGUUACCUGUUCAGUCUGCAUCUGCAAAAUUCCAGAGUCACUCCAAGCCUUCAGCAACAUCGUUACCAAAAACGCUGACUCAUGCCACAUGUCUGUGGAGCCAACUCAAUCAUCAUAUGCUUCUUGGAUUUUUGUUUUCAUCUAAUAAAUGGCUAAACUGUAUACUGAA